ACUCCCAGCGCGAGUGGCGGCGGCGGCGGCGGCGGAGCCUUCGGGGGCGAGCGCGCGUGUGUGUGAGUGCGCGCCGGCCAGCGCGCCUUCUGCGGCAGGCGGACAGAUCCUCGGCGCGGCAGGGCCGGGGCAAGCUGGACGCAGCAUGAUGCGCGCAGUGUGGGAGGCGCUGGCGGCGCUGGCGGCGGUGGCGUGCCUGGUGGGCGCGGUGCGCGGCGGGCCCGGGCUCAGCAUGUUCGCGGGCCAGGCGGCGCAGCCCGACCCCUGCUCGGACGAGAACGGCCACCCACGCCGCUGCAUCCCGGACUUUGUCAAUGCGGCCUUCGGCAAGGACGUGCGCGUGUCCAGCACCUGCGGCCGGCCCCCGGCGCGCUACUGCGUGGUGAGCGAGCGCGGCGAGGAGCGGCUGCGCUCGUGCCACCUCUGCAACGCGUCCGACCCCAAGAAGGCGCACCCGCCAGCCUUCCUCACCGACCUCAACAACCCGCACAACCUGACGUGCUGGCAGUCCGAGAACUACCUGCAGUUCCCGCACAACGUCACGCUCACGCUGUCCCUCGGCAAGAAGUUCGAAGUGACCUACGUGAGCCUGCAGUUCUGCUCGCCGCGGCCCGAGUCCAUGGCCAUCUACAAGUCCAUGGACUACGGGCGCACGUGGGUGCCCUUCCAGUUCUACUCCACGCAGUGCCGCAAGAUGUACAACCGGCCGCACCGCGCGCCCAUCACCAAGCAGAACGAGCAGGAGGCCGUGUGCACCGACUCGCACACCGACAUGCGCCCGCUCUCGGGCGGCCUCAUCGCCUUCAGCACGCUGGACGGGCGGCCCUCGGCGCACGACUUCGACAACUCGCCUGUGCUGCAGGACUGGGUCACGGCCACCGACAUCCGCGUGGCCUUCAGCCGCCUGCACACGUUCGGCGACGAGAACGAGGACGACUCGGAGCUGGCGCGCGACUCGUACUUCUACGCGGUGUCCGACCUACAGGUGGGCGGCCGGUGCAAGUGCAACGGCCACGCGGCCCGCUGCGUGCGCGACCGCGACGACAGCCUGGUGUGCGAUUGCAGGCAUAAUACGGCCGGCCCGGAGUGCGACCGCUGCAAGCCCUUCCACUACGACCGGCCCUGGCAGCGCGCCACGGCCCGCGAAGCCAACGAGUGCGUGGCCUGUAACUGCAACCUGCAUGCCCGGCGCUGCCGCUUCAACAUGGAGCUCUACAAGCUUUCAGGGCGCAAGAGCGGAGGUGUCUGCCUCAACUGUCGCCACAACACCGCCGGCCGCCACUGCCACUACUGCAAGGAGGGCUACUACCGCGACAUGGGCAAGCCCAUCACCCACCGGAAGGCCUGCAAAGCCUGUGAUUGCCACCCCGUGGGUGCUGCUGGCAAAACCUGCAACCAAACCACCGGCCAGUGUCCCUGCAAGGACGGCGUGACGGGUAUCACCUGCAACCGCUGCGCCAAAGGCUACCAGCAGAGCCGCUCUCCCAUCGCCCCCUGCAUAAAGAUCCCUGUAGCGCCGCCGACGACUGCAGCCAGCAGCGUGGAGGAGCCUGAAGACUGCGAUUCCUACUGCAAGGCCUCCAAGGGGAAGCUGAAGAUUAACAUGAAAAAGUACUGCAAGAAGGACUAUGCCGUCCAGAUCCACAUCUUGAAGGCGGACAAGGCGGGGGACUGGUGGAAGUUCACGGUGAACAUCAUCUCCGUGUACAAGCAGGGCACGAGCCGCAUCCGCCGCGGUGACCAGAGCCUGUGGAUCCGCUCGCGGGACAUUGCCUGCAAGUGUCCCAAAAUCAAGCCCCUCAAGAAGUACCUGCUGCUGGGCAACGCGGAGGACUCUCCGGACCAGAGCGGCAUCGUGGCCGAUAAAAGCAGCCUGGUGAUCCAGUGGCGGGACACGUGGGCGCGGCGGCUGCGCAAGUUCCAGCAGCGUGAGAAGAAGGGCAAGUGCAAGAAGGCCUAGCGCCGAGGCAGCGGGCGGGCGGGCGGGCGCCAGGGCGGAGCCGAGCGAGAGCGGGCGCCUUGGCCCGGCUGCCGCGGACUUGGCCCGCGAGGGCUUUCCCAGGUGGGGGGAGGGAGGGGGCGGGGCCGCACGGCGCGGGGGCGGGGCCCUCGGCGGCCCCUCCCCCGGUCCCCACCCUGCGCGCCCCGGGCGGGAGCCGCGUGCGCGCGGGGCGGGGUGCGCCGCCGGCCGGGCCCUGGAGAAAUGAGGACGAGACGUAGCUACCUCACGGGGCUCCUUCCAGAGCAGAGACGCGCUUUCCUGGGGCUGGGCGCGGCCGCCGUGGAGGGGUUGGGGGCAGCCUGCCCUGGGGCCCGGGGACGGGCGCAGAAUCGCACAACUGGGGCCUCAGGCGCGGGGCGUGGAUGGCGCGGAGAGGGACGGGAGGAGAACUGUGAAUUCUCAAGCCCGUAGUCUGGGCGGGGCGCGGAGCGGAGCACCUACCAAACCACCACCCGACACGCAGCAGACGGGAUUCCCCCUUUCUCCCCGGCCCCUUCUAGCAGUUCCCCGCGGGCCACCUGGCUGUCACAGCCUGGGCUCCUCCAUCUGAAGGGGCCUGGCAGCAUUUGGGGAGCGGACAGCUCCUGUCCAGCCAGCAUGCCCCAGGUGGCCUCUGUCUCCACUGCCACCUGCUGAGUGGGUCCUACUGGGUGGGGGCUUGGGGUGGGGUGGGUGGUUCACCUGUGGAGAGAGGAGAGGAAGCCCCUGCAGCUGCCUGUCUCUGCCCCUGCCCAGCGUGGGGCUGGCCCAUCCGGAAGGCAGUGGGCCCAGGGACACCCCUGAGAAGCCCAAGCCGGGUGGUCACCGCCUCAUGCUGGAGCUGCCUGUUGGAGGAGGCAUCGCAAACGCAAAACCUCCCAGAGAGUUUCCUUUUGGAAACUUGGAACCAGCCCCUUUUAUGACAUUUUUCCAGGGGAGGGGGAAGGGGCACUGGCUGGGUUUACGGCAGUGACACUAUUUAUGUAAUGACAUCAGCUCCUGUAAGGCCCCUCAGCAAUGUCAACAGCUGGAAAGGGCCUGAACGGGCUUGGAGUCUGCAGGCUGCGAAGGCACUUGGGCCUGGCUUGGGGCAGGGGGCUUGCUUGAGCUGGGAUGGGGUUUGCUGGCUCAGCGAAGUACCAGAGCGCCUGAGCCAUGGGUGGGCAGGGGCGCAGGAAUGACCAGGUUCCUGGGGGCCAAGGAGGCCAUGCUGGCUUCUCCAAGGGAAGGCACAGAGGCUGUUGGCCCACCCCUUACAGCUGUCUUGGGUCUGGCCUGGGCCACACCUUGACGAGCGUGCCUUUCCAGACGGUCUUUGUGGAGUCUGCCCGUGCCCUCCACUGUGCCCCAGCCCUCCUUCCAAAAUCUCCUAGAGACACUGUCCUCAAGCAGGCAGCCCCUUUUGUUCUGACCUCCUCACACAGGGUCUAUUCCUGUGCCCUGGGGCCUCCUGGCUCCCUGCCUUCCUGGGCUCUCUGCACUGCCCGGGCCUCUGGCCCACAUCCUCACACCCCGCGCACUGAAUUAGAGGCCUGGCUCCUCUCACAGUCAGGAAAUUGGUUUCACUUUCCCGGCCAGAGUUUGGCUGCUCAAAAGGGUCAUACCAAGUAUGAAGCUCGGCCCCCGGUGGUCUGGCUUCCCUCCGCCUUCCCCACGUCUGCCCGCAUCACGGCUGCCAUUUAUUGAGCACCUGCUGUGUGCCAGGCACUUUACCCACAUGCUCCUAGCUUGUACUCAUGACAACCCUGUGGGACAGGGACUCAUUAUCACCAGCAAGGAGACUGGAGUACACGUGUCGAAGGUCAUGCUGCAAGUUGGUGGCAGGACUGGGGCUCGGACUCCAGAGCCCGACUUUCUGACCAGGGGCCACGCUGGCCCUCACUGCACUCCAGCUCUGCGGCCCACGCGCCCAAUCCCUGUGCAGGCUGGGAGGGUGCUCUUGGGGGAGUGGCCACUGAGGAAUGACACUGGCAUCUGGGCUGAACAGG